GCAAGCUAUGGUCCCCGAAAAACACCAGAAAAUCAAAAUCCCAAGCUGGAGCUUUUGCCAUUACUGGGCAAUGACAAUCCGCCACAAAAAAAGAAAACUUUUGUUUGUUCAAUGCAAACCCAAGUGGCAGGGGACUUGGCAAGCUCACCAUGUUUCUCUCUGCACACGCCCAACACGUUCAUGGUGAUCACUGCAUCAUCAUCAUCCCCCUUGUCUAGUAGUUAAUUUUUUUCCGAUCAAAGGAGUUUCUAAUGGCCAGGGUUGAGAAUGGUAUGCACAUUUGCAAUGGGCUAUAGUCUAGAAAGUCUAGAUUCAUGCCUACCAGCUGGAUUUAGAAAACUGCUAUAGUUGAGUUUUGUGAGCUGAGUUUUUUCGGUGUUGACUUGAGGUUGAUCUGCGUCGAAUCAUGUUCAUGACUAUCUAGAGAGUACUCAACUGUUGCAUUGAAAGUUGAAUUGUGUUAGGGUGUAUUACACACCGAGAUUUGUCACCAUGGAGGCUGCCGGGCAGGAGCAUGUGUUGAACUUAGCAAGGCGUGAGAUUGUAGCGAAGGGAACUCACGACAAGGGCAUAGCUCCUAAGAAUGCGUCUGUCAUGGCUGCCCAGGUUGUCGUGCCUUUAGAAGUCGGGUGGAAGGCAAGAGAGGUAAGCAACGGUCAUCAUCCUAACCUGCCUUAAUUGAGAGGAUAGGCAAAUAUAUUGUAUUACGAGGAACAACUAAAUCUCUCUAAAAACAUUACUAAAGGCACUUACUGAUUUGCAGACUGGGUUGCCAUAUUGUGUGUCCGCGGGUGAUGCCUGCUGCUUUCGUAUCAUGGGCAGAGAAUCGCCUGCUUGGAAUCUGAGGUGGACAGGCUAUUGGGCAUGUCAAAGACUCUCGAGGAUUGCGAGCAUGCGCUUGGUAUGGCCAACGAUGAGACUGAUAAGGCUAACAAAGUAGCCCGCGGCGCUAAGGCCAAAGUUGUGGAGUUGGAUGGUCGUCUCUACCAGGCUGAAGUAGAGCUCCAGCGUGAAAAGUUUCGGGCCGCUGAGCUGGAGAGAGAACUCACAACUUAUCGAGCCCAGCAAUCCGAAGCGAAGUCGGCAAUAAGUGGACACACUAUUAUUGAAGAAAAUCAAGAUACGAUCAAAAUUCUUUCAGACAGAGUAUGCUUCAGUGUUUCAUUUGACAAUUUCAAUGUUUCGAUGUUCUGUGUUGGAAUUCCGCUCCAAACAAUUGGUUCCAUUGGUCUUCAGAUCCAUAGUUUCUGUUCGUGGCGUGUUUCUUUAUAUGUUCAUUCAAGAUUUAAAUGUAUUCCAAUACAUUGCAUGUACUCAUCACCCAGCAUGUCUUUACACAGGCGGAGAAAUACAAAUCACAGGCCAGUAUCAACGAAGAGAGAGCUGCAGAGCUUGACCGUAGGUCAUUAGAGCUGUCGAAGAAGGUCAAGGACAUGGAAUCCGAGCUCUCAGAGGUUGGUAUCGUUAAGGAGCAGAUUGAAGCAUUCCUAGUCAAAUACAACAAAGAGUUGGCCGUGUCGUCCUCACGCGUUCGUGACCUCGAGGAUCAGCUGUCAUACGAGCAGGACGGAUCCACUUCACUUAAAAUGGAAAAUGAGAGGCUCAGAAAGAGACUUAAUGCCAAGACAAGCCAUGAGCGCGAGUUGGAAGACCGCAUCGCAGAGCUUGAAAGGAUUCUAAAAGCCGCGGAAGAAGCUGCCAAUGCUAUUGCUCACGAUAAAAAGGACGUCGAUGAUGCCAAAAAUAAGGCCGAAGAAAAACAUUAUGCUGCCACCAGAAAGCUGACAAGCCUGGUGAAGGAGAACAAUCAAAGGAUCAAAGAAUCGGAGGACAAGACUGAAGAGCAGAGGAGCAUGAGAGAUGAAUUGGAGUUUGCAAGAAGUAGAGCCACUGAAGCCAAUUUUCUCUCCGCCAGACUACAGGAGGAGAUGAAGAAGGUAGAAGAGAUGCACAAGUCUGAGGAUAGAUUGUCCAAGGAAAUUGCCGAAGCCAGGCAAGAAGCUUCAGAGGCUCGCAAACUAUCCACUGGGCUUGAGGAGGAGAUGAAGAAGGUGGGGAAACUGACAUGUUCUCAAGUGGGCCUCCUGAAAGUUUUCAAUAUCUACAAGGUCAGAGCCGCAGAAGCUGAUGACGUAUCCGAGAGAUUAAGCAAGGAGGAGAAGCAGAUGAAGUUGAAGAAUAAUUCUGUGAAGAAACUCACAAAAGUCUUUGAACGCACCAAUGCUGUUGAAGCUCGAGACUUUUCUCGCACGCUCGAAGAUCAAAACAAGAAAUUGCAGGGCAAGACGGAGGAGCAGAAAAUCUUAAGGGAAUAUUAG